AUGACCUCGGCACCUACAUGGGCCAAGAGAACUGGAGGCACAUCAUCUCGGGCAGAUCACCGCAGGAGCCUAGACGUCCAACAGCGAUUCGCCUGCAGCCUCUCGUUCCAAGCGUCGGUUGAGCCCACACGCAGUUGGAGCAGUCCAGGGAAGGCGUCGAGUCUCGGUCAAUUUGUCAUAACAGAAGUGCCCCUCAGGCUGCGCAUCCGCAAAGAGCAGUCUCGGGAGUUCUCCCUACGGCUGGCCGUGCGGGCCCUCGACGUCACGAAGAAGCCGAACCAGGUCGAUCCUGGAGCCCAGGGUGCGGCAGACGCUCUCCUCGACGAGGAGACCGCGAGGAACUUCCGAGCCCACCUCGUUGCCAAGACGGGGGCGCCCGGCCACUUCGAGCUCUGGCCGGAGACGUCGCAACACGACGUCGGCUGGCUGGUGCAGGACAACACGGGCGGGCGGCCCUUUGAGGAUCGCCAAACCCUGGUGGCUGCCAAGCCCGGGCUGGGCUUCGGCUGGAGGCACGCUUCGGUGUUGACACCUCCCGGCAGCGCGGGCGGCGGCAAGGUGCCAGCAGCUGCCCGGCAGCGGACGCCGAGUGCAGGCACGCCAGCGCCAUCGCUGUCGGGCAAAAGCUCUGUGCUGCCGCCCAAGGAGAUCCCGGCGGAGCUUCUUCCCACCCCAGCCGAGCGCGCCCUGCCCUGGUUUCCCGGCGUGGGCCGACUUCGGCGGCGCCGGCGGCUGCUCCGCCGGCAACUGGCCGAGGAAGCCACAGCUGCCGCGAUGGAGCCCAAAGCAGUGCUGCCGACCAGCCCGGCGCCAUCGACAGCCAGCUCAGCACGUCCAGGGCCGACGGACGGGUUCCGGAACUUCCGGCGAAAGUCGAUCCCCGAUGCUUGGCUCGGCCCCUCGUGUGAGCCUCCCAAGCCAACUGCGGAUGCUCACGAGACCAUCGAGGGGCAGUCCCAGCGGGCCCGGGAGUUCUUGCGCUACGGGAAGCAGAGCCGCUGGGAGAGGACGAAGGAGGUCUCGAACAUGUCGAAGUUCGCCAAGGGCUACAAAAUGCUCUGGGGUGUGAACUUCUUCGCCAAGCGCGGGAGCAAGCGCAGCAUGGAAGUCGUGGCCUGA